AUGGCGACGACGGUGGCAUCAACAUUUGAAGUGGAAAGCUUCGUCAGUUUAAUCACCUCAUUUUCAGCCGAUCCUUCUUAUACACAACUUCGUGCCCUUGUUAGCGAGAAUGCGCAUUUAAAAAACCGUAAUGCCAACCUUACCACGGCAUCUGAAGAGAAUGUCAGAACAUUCGCGCAACUACAGCAACGAAUAGAUGAAGGAGCUGCUCGAACUGAGGAGAAGACAUCCGAGCUUCAAAAUGCAUUAAAACAAGCGGCUGACUUGGCAAAGAUGCUUGAUGAAGUUGGCAAUGAAAUGAAUGAUUUAAAGUCCAAAGUCAAAGAUGCCGACGAACAUGCAGCCAAGGUCAUGGAUGACUUCAAGAAAAAAGAAGCAGAGCUUGGCAUAGCCACGGCCAGUCUCUCGAAAGAGAAAUUAGCUGUCGCAGACUUGGAAUCCGCCCAGAAAAAAUCCUCAGACGAACUGGAGAAAAUGCGGAAAGAAUUGGGUCAAGCAAAUACGCGUUUGUCCCAAGUCGACGGUUUCACAGUCGAUAUGAUACCGUCCUCGGAUGAAGUCGAUAGCGAGGAAUGGCUUGGCAACAUAUUUGAAUCUUCGUAUUCUUUGGUACAAACAUAUUUCGGGGCAGAUCUUGAGGCCAAAAUUCUGUCUGACAAGUCCUGCUGGGAGGCGAUUCGCAACCAUCCAUCUAUUCUGCGACUAAUACCCCUCCCAGCUUCGAACACUACAACUGCAAAGUACAUGCGCAUCGCCGCAUCCUUGGCCAUUCUUGCCAGAAUAUUGGCAGACUAUAUCUUCCGGCCGACAUACUUGCUAUAUGAAAACGAACUUUCGAACAUACUGAGUGAAUUAGUCAAAUUGGAUCAAGAAAAAGAACGGCAUUUCCGCUUACUUCUUCUGGGGACACGUCCCGAUAAGCAACGGAUUAACGUCGACAAAAGAGUUCGAGACGUUGCCGUGGAAAUGAUGAAGCAUACUGGGUCUCUGCUAGCAUCCGAUCAAAAGCACAACUUCAUAUCAGAUUUGGAGGACUUGUGUCAGGAGAUCUGCAGCCGGUGGACGGAUAUCCAGAAACUGGAAGAGAGAAUCGAACCGGAUUUCACUUUCGGUUUUGCUGACGAGUUAGACGACUGGAAUAUCCUGCAGUUUCCCACCGAAGAGGAACUCAAACCUGCCCCAGCACAGAAUGGGGUCUUGCCAGUCCAGAAUGGAGAGUCGGCUCAGCCGCAAGGAGAGCAUCACAGCCCAGCAAUGAAGAAGGACACGGCGGUCUUGUGGCCUGCUUUUCUCGCAUUUGCCGAGGGAAGCCACGAGCUUUUUAGGGAGGGCUUGGUGCUCGAUGAAGCACUGGCAGAUGCGGCUCGAUCCGAAGAGGCCUCGCACACUACACAUGGACCCCGCCGUGUGGCGAGAUUGCAAACACGAAGGAACUCGAUUAUGAGGAAUGGGUCUGAAGUAGGGCGCGCGAGAGCUUUUUUAUCCACAGGAGCUGGAAGUCCUUCAGAAGGCGACUAA